GGCCGUUGGGAUCGUGCCGGGGCGUGUCCGGGGCGUGGCGGGGGCGGGGGGCGCGCGCGCCAUGCUGAUCACGCUCUGCUACCUCUACCUCUGGGCACGCUGGGGGCCGCGCUCGGCCGCGCUCAUCCGCCGCACCGUCCGCCGCCUCCACCGCUCCCGCUGCUCCUUUACUUUCUGCCGCUGCGCCGGGCCCGCGGCUCGGCAGCCGCCGCCGUCGUCCCCUUCCCACGAGGAGCAGGUCUGCCUCAGGAUAGGGAACAAAGUCUUUUUCACGGACGAGACGCAGUUCCUUGAGGACUUAAACAGAUGGAGUCUAGUUCUCAUUUCUCCUUUUAUUUAUCCUGAUAAAUUACUUCAAGCAGAACAUAUAGCUUUUGUGACAGAAAGCGUUUCAGCUCAGACAGAUAACUUGCAGAAAGUACCUGGCUCUUCAAAAGAGAUUGUGAAGUGGUCAGACUAUUGUUCACCAUUGGCCUAUAAACCUGGUGAGCCUUAUAAGUUAAUUGCUGAAGCAAGCGUAGAUAAUUUCAGUAGCCUUGGAAUAGCAUUCAUGGAAGACAGGCUUCAAAUGGAUAAUGGAAUGGUGCCACACAAGAUUGUUUCUGUCCAUUUACAGGAAUCUACUCUGAAGGAGUUGGCGCAGGUGGCACCAUCUGUAAAAGAGCAAAGUACAAGCAGUAUGCAAAUGGAUGAAACUGCUACUUCUGGGACUACUGUUAAAGCAGGAGUAGGUGAGUCUGCAGGACAAGGUGAAGGGGAGAAAUCCAAGCUAGAGAAAGAAAGUGACCAUGAAGAUGAAUCCAACAGUCUGUCUGACAAGGAGAUAGGUUCUGGAGACCAUCAUCACUUGCAUCUUUCCAGUUGUCAUGAAUGCCUGCAACUUGAAAACAGUACCAUUGAAUCGGUCAGAUUUGCCUCUGCAGAAAACAUUCCAGAACUUUCUGAUGAUUGCAAUAGCAAACUGGAAGAGAAGAAUGAUGACUGUCUAGCAAGAGGAAUAAAGAGAGUAAACCUUGCUGGAAAGCCCCCUAAUGUAUUGAUUUAUCUUGGCUCUGAAACUGCAAAAGUGGAAUUUGAACAGGUAAAAUCAAUCCUUCAGGAAUGCAUUGAUGCUGACAGCUAUACCAUCUACCAGCUCCGUGAGGAGCAAGUUCUGAAAGAUCCAUGGAUUGAUAAUUCACUGCUGUUGAUCAUUGCCACAGAGGAGCCUAUUUCUGAGGAGAACCACAAAAAAUUUAUGAAGUUUUUAUCUACAGGUGGAAAGAUUCUAGGGUUUUCUUCAUCUUUUACAUUUGAUGGCAUACAAAUAAAGAGAAAAAACAAACUGAAGAAGACUGUUCAUGAAUUAGUGGUCUCUAAAAUGGACAGCACUGAAAUUAAGUUAAAUCUUUUGGUCAGUGGCUGUAUUUUUGAGGAAGUGAUGAAGGAAGAUACCAGCAAAGUGAAGACAUUGAGUCGAUUAAAUAAUGCUGAUAAAGAUAUAGUUAUUGUUCGUCUGACUUAUGGAGACAGCGGAGGAGAAGCCAUUCUUUCUCAGGCACACUUGGAAUUGGAUAUCAAUUCUAUGGAUGUCCAAACUGAAGAGGAUUUCAAUUUGCUUAAGAUAAGCAAUACCAAGAGAUAUGAAGUUCUCAAGGAGAUCCUGAUGUCACUUGGCCUGAGUUGUGAAUUAAGUGAAAUUCCUAUGUUAACACCUAUAUACCUCCUCUCUUCUGAUGAGGAAAUCCAUCUUGCUUUUCUGAAAUGGCUCGAGGGAAAUGUAGAUGCUGAAGGAUUAAGAGCAUCCAGCAAGGUGUCUCUUAAAUUUGUUUCAUCCUUGGAAUCAAAAAUUGAGAUAACUCCACCUCUCGUGCCAGUCAUCACUGCGAUGGGAGGUUUCUCAUCAGAACAUUUCAGCCUGAAGACAUAUCAAGAGAAUCUUCAAACAAAGAAACUUGGAAAGAUCCUUCUUUUUACUGAAGUUACCACCACAACAAUGGAUCUUCUAGAUGGGUUAAUGUUCGAGUUGCCUGAGGAGAUGGGUUUAAUAGCAAUUGCUGUUCGACAAACUCAAGGGAAAGGUCGUGGUGGAAAUGUGUGGCUCAGUCCUGUGGGCUGUGCGCUCGCCACUUUACAUAUCACCAUUCCUCUACAUUCCAACCUGGGCCAGAGAAUUCCUUUUGUUCAACACCUGGUGUCCUUGGCAGUGGUAGAGUCAGUUAGAUCAAUACCAGGAUAUGAGGAGAUUGAUCUGCGAGUGAAAUGGCCAAAUGACAUUUACUACAGCGAUCUUAUGAAGCUUGGUGGAGUUCUGGUAAACUCUACACUUAUUGAAACAACGUUUCAUAUACUUAUUGGCUUUGGAUUUAAUGUGAACAACAGCAACCCCACCAUAUGCAUCAAUGAUCUCAUCACAAAAUUUAAUAAGGAAGAGGGGACAAAGCUGAAGGCUUUAACUGCAGACUGUCUUAUUGCAAGAACUGUAACUGUGCUAGAGAGGCUUAUAGAUAUCUUUCAGGAGAAAGGGCCCAACGGAGUUCUUCCCAGUUACUACAAGUACUGGGUACACAGUGGUAAGCAAGUCCGUCUCCGUGAUGAGGAGGGUCCGAUUGCAUGGAUCGUUGGGAUAGAUGAUUAUGGAUUCCUUCAAGUUCAUGAAGAAGGCAAGGGUGUCGAGUCUGUGCACCCAGACGGCAACUCUUUUGACAUGCUGAGAAACCUCAUAGUCCCAAAGCAUUAAUGGUCCUCAGAGCUCACAGCGCACAAGGAGGCUCCUUAGUAUUUGCCACCAAGUAGCUAAACUUGCUUAAAGGUGGGAAGGGUAGUUGAUAGCUUGAGUAUUUUUUUUCUUCUGAUUUUCUGAUAUCUUUGGGUUUUGAUGUGAAUAACUUCAACAAUUAAGACGAGGUAAUUUCUCAUUGCUGACAGCCUUUAUUCUUUUGUAUUAACUUUUAGAACACAUCUCUGUUGCCAUUCUUUGUAAGCGUCUGUUCUUCAAAAGGAACCUGAUUGCAAAGGAAUACCUUUCAAUGAAGAGAACUUUCUCUUCAAUUACACACUGUAUUUGAGAAACUGAAGAGGCUAAAUAUUUCCUUUUUGCGUCUCUGUGUUUUUGUUGUGCUUGAGCACAAUGCAGUACAAUAUUUACAUUUUUACUAUGUUUUUUUUUAAACCAAAUUCUGGUUUAUGCAUUGUCUGUGGUGGAAACAGCUGGAAGAGCUCAACAUAUAUUUCCGCGUUUAGAGUCAGAUCUAAGUAGAGCCUUGCUGAUCUGGUUCUCCAUGUGGGCCUGUACAACAGUUUACUGUCCUGUGCUUUGGUCUUAGGUCAGCAACUCUGUCAUGGCUGCCUUGAGUUUUUGGGGAGUUUUCCAUCAGCGCUUAAGAACUGUGGCUGGUUAUCCAAAUUAUUUGUACUCUGCUCUUCUUAGUCAAUUGGAUCUCGUAGAUCAUCUCGUGUGUCCUUUGAAUCAUAGUCUUCCAAGAGGCUUUAACCCCCCUAAGAAUAGCCCACUGGAGCAGUGUGUCACCCUGUUGCAGUCCGCUUAUCCAAGUCAUUGUAGAAUCCCUCAGGAGAGGGAAGUCUAAAUAGUUUACAAUUUAAUAGUAAUUCUAUUGUAAUAGCAAUGAAGUUAAGCAAAUAAAUAAGAGAAAAAUGCCCUGCUCUUAAAAUCCCUGCCAUAAAGAACUAUACACUGAAAAUGAGAAACCAGGUUUUUAACCUGUGCCCAAAUUCUCUUCCGUCGUUUCUGUUGUCACCCCCUUUCCCAAAUCAGGGCAUCUGGAUUUGCUGCUGACUGUUAAAAGCGAGAAGCGUGACAUCUGCUGACCUGAGAGUAGCUUGCUCUGGGGGCUGGCUGCACAGUUCCAGGGGAGGCGGAAGAGCUUGGUCACGAUGGGAAAGCAGCGCCAAGUAGGCACGUGGGAGCUUCUGUGCAACGGCAGCUUGUCGGGUUUUUCUGCCAGGCGAGGCGAAUUUGCGCCAGGAGGCCUGGCCACCACGGCACUUCAAAUGGUUCCCUGCAAAUGAAAAGUUUGUCGUAGGUGUGAUGUGGCCAGCUUCAUUUCCUCAAGUAGGUAGAGCUGCUUAUUACCUUACCUUGUCCCUACAGAAGGUGGAUCAGCCUAAUUGGUUUCCACAAAGGACUUCUGUCUACUAGCCAGAAAUGGGGUUUUUAGGUUAAAGUUCACCUCAUAAACAAUCUGAACAUGUUAGUAGAUUGUUUCAGUUACAAAGCCAAGAAGUCUUAAAACAAGGAAGCUAGUCUGUAACGGUAAUUUAGAGUAAUCCUCACAUAUUAGGGGUUAGGUGGUUUGGCAGCAAGUGCUAGAAAUUAAGUUGUCCCUAUUACAUUUAGGAUUUUAUGCUCCAUAUCACAGUAGAUUUGUUUGUGUGCCUGGUUGUCCGUCCCCUGCUGUUUUGUUUUCCCCCGUGAUCCACAUCACAGGAGAGCGUGCACCAACAGCUCACAGAACUGCACAGUGGCGUGUAGACAGCUGUUAAUUGGCACAGUUAAAAUGAUACACACAAACACCAGUUUUUGCUUUUUCCCACCAGACGCUUUCAAAACUGCUUUGGGCUGUUAAUUUUCGGCAGCUACCUUUAUUUCAGAAGCAAAUAUUGAUGCAUAUUAUAAAGAAGUUACACUUGAGUCUGAGUUAUUAAAGUUUAAAUAAAAAGAAGAACCCAUUUAUGUACACGUAUAUAAGAAGUGUGUGUAUGCGUAGGCAUAUCUUCCUUGCGCAUCAUCACUUCUUUUCUACCUUUUCCUUCAAGCGGCUCACGAGCAACCUGUGCCGCCGCAGGUCAGCUGUGGAAAGCAGAGCUCUGGUACUGGUUUUCCAACCACAGAGUUUUACAAAGCUUUAGAUCUGUGCCUCAGCCUGAUAUUUGUAGCUAAAACCACUGUCUCUGUUCUGGUACCUUAGGGUGUGCCUAGAGGAAGCACCCACCUUUGAUUUCGCUCAUAUUCCAGAUAGACUGAUAGAACUGUAGAAAUUUCUUUCAACGACCAGGUCGUGCAUCAGGUUUUGACUUGAAUUGCUUCCUUAAAAUGCACUCUCCCUUCGUGAGGGACAAGUACUGUAAAAGAAUGACAGGAGGAAAUGAUGAAACAUGUUCCUGUGUGAAGAGGGGCAGAAUGGACCUGCAAACCGUCACUCAGCUACGCUACCACAGUGUCUGAGCAGCGCGCAGAUGGAUUUUUUUAAUAGUAAAAUGCUGCAAUAUUUCCUGGUUGCUGUUGUUCCUUUUGGAUUUCUUUAUAGCCUUCGUAAUGAAAAGCUUGUUCUGUUCUCCCUUUGAGUUGUAAGAUUAUUCCGAAAAUUUUUGCAUUGGAAAGCAACUUAGCGUUGAACUUCCUUUCUGGGAAUGAGAAGUAACCAAGUGUGGGUGUGGGGGGGAACAGGUGGGCGCUGUGGGAACGUUCCCCUCGGCCUCUGCUUUUUAGUGCCCUGUUCUGUGUGUACAAAACUACCUGUUGUCUUGAGGAAGGGGCCUUGAGUUGGGUGAAGCGUUUGUUACAAACCUGACCUUUCCUUCAGAAGAACCAAAGAACCUCACAACGAAGGUUCCCGUUGCAGAGCGAGCAGCUGCAUCGGCUCCUUCUGAGCAGCAGCUGUUCCUGCCCAGAAAGCCCGUGAGCCUUCCUGUACCACACUCACCCUCAGAGGCGAGCUCUUUUUCAUGCCAAACUUGGCACACCCAGAAAGCCACAAUGUUUUUGUAUGGAAAUCAUUGUUAUUAUUGUUCUUCAUGUAGGACAGACAAAUGUGGUGUAGAGUGUCUCUGGACGUAGGUAUGGAGAGAAUCAGGCAGCUCCAGAUCCAGAAGUAAUGCACUGAAAAUGUUUAAUUUCAUUCAGCUGUCUAGAUUAGUAAAACACCUCUUUCAUUGUGAGGCUGAUGUCAUAUCUUAAACUAUUUUCUUGAUGAAGUGCUUUCAGAAAAGCAUUCAUUACGGUGUCCGUAUUUCUGUGACUUCAUUUUUUUUUUUCCUCCUGGACUCCGUUAGAACAUUUCUCAUUGCACAUUGUGAAAAUAUUUGUGGAGACUGUUUAUUGAUAGGAAAACUUCUGCCGAGCAAGCUGGCUGUGUUGGCACGUGUCUGUGCUCAGAAGGAGUGAGGGGCUUGUGUCCAGUCAGCCCCAACGCUGUUUCCAAAGAUUUGAAAAAGUAAUAAUGUACUUAACAUUUAAGAGUUCAAGCAGUACAUCCCACUGCUAGUAAAAGGUUUUAUAAGACUUCAGAGCGUUUUUUUGUUAAAUAUUUCCAACAAAUAUAAUCUACUUCAAGGGCUAUUACCUAGAAACAAUUAAAGCAUUUAAUUCUUUAUGCUGCUGCUUCAUUGUACAGCGAUUUUAUUUCUUUCCUUUUUCUGCUUCAGCUUCAAGACAUCGGCAGGCUAAAAAAUUCCUCUCUGCAACUGCUUUGCUAUAAACAGUAACUAGAUAAUAAAAACAAAAAUUGAAGUACAGCUUAGUAUCUGUCAUGAAAAAGAUUUGUGCCGCAAAGAGCUGAUUCCUGGGGGUAACUGGUUUGAUAGAAGCGUUUGCACGCGGAAGUUGCGGCAGUGAAGCACCGCGCUGAUCAGACACCAAAGAAAUUAAAUGCGGGCUGAGGUCACACCUGACCAGAGGUCAGAACCCGCUGUCGUGCCGCGGGGCUGCGGCCACGUAACACCCAGCUCAGAGAAAAAGAACUGCAGGGAAGAAUUGUAAACUGAUGUCGCAGUUUGAGUAGCGGGCAUUAGCGCGCUUCCGUAGUGAUUCUGUGGUAUUUUCAGUUCUCCAGGAGUCUUCCUUUAAAAUGCAACGUGGCUAAAAUACAAUAAAUAAAAAGAAUCCUUGUAUUUUAUAGUACAUUAACUGUCGAAUAUAGUACAUAUUACAAUGGAAAUAAAUUUUCAAAUAUGCAACAUUAUUCUUUGUGAAACCCUGUGUUUUGUAGUGAAAAAGAAAUCCAACUCAGUUUUCCGUUGGCUACAGGAUUUUAUUAACAUUUUAACAGUUUUGUUUUACAUAAUAAAUAAGCAAAAAUGCUUUACAUUUUUAGGGAAUACAUAUAUAAUUCUGAGCAUUAAUAGGUUGGUUGUUUUGCGUGCUUUUUCACCUACAUUUGCCAAAUAGCUUUUAUCUGCAUCAUAUAAAAAAAAGCAAAAUCUAAUGUUCAGGAAAAAAGUGGAAUAAUAAAAUUUUCUCUGUUUUGUUUCUGCAGUAUGACUGAAACGUUGACAAAAUAUUUGGUGUUCU